AAAGCCCCCCUUCACGACCUUCCAGAAAGCCUCUCACCCUUCCAGAAAGCCCCCUCGACCUUCCAGAAAGCCCCCCCUCGACCCUUCCAGAAAGCCCCCCUUCGACCUUCCAGAAAGCCCCUUCGCACCCUUCCAGAAAGCCCCCUUCACCCUUCCCGAAAGCUCCCCUAAAGCCCUUCGACCCUUCCAGAAAGCUCCCCUGACCCUUCCAGAAAGCCCCUUCUACCUUCCAGAAAGCCCCCCUUCUAAUUCGACCCUUCCAAAGCCCCCUGGGCCCUUCCAGAAAGGCCUGGAGCCCUUCAAAAGCCCCUCGACCUUCCAAAGCCUUCUUCGACCCUUCCAGAAAGCCCCCGACCCUUCCAGAAAGCCCCCUCGACCCUUCCAGAAAGCCCCUUCGACCCUUCCAGAAAGCCCCACUGGCCCCCUUCGACCCUUCCAGAAAGCCCCUUCGACCUUCCAGAGCCCCCUCCUUCCCAAAGCCCCCCUUGACCCUUCCAGAAAGCCCUCUUCGACCCUUCCAGAAAGCCCCUUCGACCCUUCCAGAAAGCCCUACCCCUUCGACCUUCCACAGAAGCUCCUUCACCCUUCCAGAAAGCUCUCUUCUGACCUCUUCCAGAAAUUUGACCCCUUCCAGAAUCAGCCCCUUCUACCUUCCGCAAAGCCCCCUCGACCUUCCAAAGCCCCUUCUACCCUUCCAAAGCUCUCCCUUCGACUCCUUCCAAGCCCCCCUCCACCCCUUCCAAAGCCCCCCUCGACCCUUCCAGCAAAGCCCCCCUCUACCUUCCAAGCCCCCUUCGACCCUUCAGAAAGCAACCCCUUGACCCUGACUGAUGAAAACGUUCUAGGGUCCUUGUAA